AUGACGACGGCAAUAGUAAGGUCUGGCCGGAGUCGCAGUAACGGAAUCUGUCCGCUUCGGCUUGCUAAUGGCUUUCCAGGAAACGUGGGGAGUGCAGCGCUGUGGAAGAGCUUGCUGUCUGACGGCUUGUAUCCGAUGCCCGCCGUUGAGCUGUCGACCCAACAGCUGCUACCACCUCUGCUUCCAUCCCAGCCACUGCUCCGAGGCCAUCCCUUCCGUGGCAGCCAGAAGCAGGUGCUCGCAGGCUCUGGAAACACCAUGUACCAGCAGGAGAGGAACGCAGGUAGCAUCAACAAUCAGGGCGCCACUAACAACCAGCGCUCCAAGGUGUAUCGAGACGGCCCAGGGCUCGGCAGCGCGUCUACAGUGCAGUCCAACCAGCAGACUCAGACUGCAGACACCAACCCGGUUACCACCACUGUUUCGGUUGACUCUCCGUCCACUACAAACGACUACACAGGCUCGGGUAACGGCCUGUAUGGGCUUACAGGCUCGGGUUUGGGAGUACCUGGAGGGGUGCGAGGGCUUCCGCUUGCUGUUGCUGAGACUGUGCUGCCGUUUGCGGGUGGGGCGUUAAAUGGGGUGUUACGACACGAUGCUUCGCCCGUGUACCAUAUCAGACCGUCUCGAACCGUAGAUCCCUGCUUCGUUGCAGCCAUGGCGGGCCUGCCGCGAUUGGUCCCUGCUCACGUCGCAGAGAACGUCGUUCGCCUAUACCGUGACUGUCUUCGCAUGGCAGAUUACCUCACUCACUCGAGGGGCCGAGGGCCAGCGGUGCGAGAGCACAUCCGCAGCGAGUUCAGGAAGCACAUGCACGAGACAGACCCCGCAAAGAUCGCAGAGCUCAAGGAGAGUGCAACUCGUGCGCUCACUAACUAUAUGGUGUAUGAGGCGGGCAAUUUGGCGCGGCGAGGCAAGAUACUGCGCCCCAGAUGA